UGCAACUGAAAAUAUAAAAAAAUAUAUAUUUUUUAAAUAUUUAGCCCAUGCAAAGAGGCAACGAAUUCACCAACUAACCAUAGCAAAGUCACAAACUCGAAGCAUAUCUCAUUCACAAAUCAAAGCACGCAAUUGUUACUUGUUGUUCAUUGCAUUGCAUCAUAUUGUGAAUUCGAUCCUCUUCUUCAUGAACUUCAAAGCCCUUCUUUUUCUCCUCCUUCUGUGCGCAAAUUCCUAUUUUGCCCUCGCCGGAAAGCGCAAGGUUCACAUCACCGACGACUUAGACGACGUCUACGACGACGAGGAGGACGAUGCGUGGAAGGAUUGGGGCAAGAAACCCACUCCCUCCUUCCCUCCUUCAGAUUUCUCCAAGAUGGAUCCCUCUCAGAUCCAAGAUGAGAUGAUGAAGCACCACACCGGACCCGCCAUCGGGUUCGUCAAGCUCCGAUUAGGGGUUCCCCGGACUCCGGACUCGGUUGCUGAAAUUGCCAUGAAAUGGACACAAGUUCUGAGAACUGGAGCAGUUGGAGUAAGGUUUAUGGCUGUUGAUCUGAAUACGAUCAUGUUCAACUUGGAAAGCAUCAAAGACUUGGAGGAGUUGAAGGAAUUUGUCUUGGACCAAUCAGAGACAUAUGAAAUUAAAAUGGGGGAUCAAUUUUUUCGAAGACCAGGAGAUCCACCUCUAGAUGAAGUUAUUCAGAGGCUCAAUAGUGAGAAAGACAAAGCAGAUAAUGUUGAUCCAGAGGAAAUUGAUGAAAAUUUGAAGACAGAGUUGUAAUUAAACUGUAUAGAUACAAUUUUCUAGAAGUUGAGAUAAAGCAAUGUGUGCCACUUCUUUUCGAAGAUUUGCUUCAAGUUUUGUUAAUUUUGUAGUCGUCACUCGCAACUUUUUCUUCCUUCUCUUUCAAUCAAGAUGAUAAAACUGCUUUUAAAUGCUAGUGAAGUAGUAAUCACCUUUACUGCAUUUAGGAAGACUACGAGAACACUUCUCAAUGGGAGAAAUUUUGAAUAGAAAGACAUUGAAAUUCUUAAGACUUCACUUGAUGGGAGCUUCAAGCACUAGGCUGCCAUUUAUGACCAAACUAACAUUACCAAUAGUGAAUGCUUUGUAACCAAUCAACCUUCAUAUGGCCACAAUUUUCUGU